UUGAAGAAGACUGUCAAAGGGUGGGGCUAAGAGAGAGAGAGAAUAACGGCGAAGUCGAAUUUCCACCGGCGGGAAUAACGCCGGCGAAGUCCAAUUUCUACCGGCGGGGAUAACGCCGGCGAAGUCCAAUUUCCAAAGAGGAGAGAGAGAGACGGUGGAGACGUGGGGGAUACAGAACGUGUUGACAAGCACGCUCUAUUCUCAAUCAUCAAGUUCUUUUAAUAAGAAAAGAAGAUGAAAUAUUAGCUUGGAGAGAAAGAUAGAUAGAGAGAGAGCGAAGCUCUUUGUCUCUAUCCAAAUAUGGAUCGACGGAGUUGGCUAUGGAGGAGGAAGUCUUCCGAGAAGAGUCCCGGUGAAACAGAAAGUUCAGAGUCUCUAUCUCCUAUGUCAGAAAGAUUUUCCGAUGAGCAGGCAUUUGUGAAUUCCCAAGUUCAAUCGCCUGAAUUGACAUCCAAGGAUAACAACAACAAUACGCCUAGUGAGGAUGAACUUAGAGAACUGGUGAGGACUUUAGGAGAGAAGCUUUCAGCAGCAAUCGAGAAUAUCAGAGCCAAGGAAGAAUUAGUUAAACAGCAUUCCAAGGUUGCAGAAGAAGCGGUUUUAGGAUGGGAAAAUGCUGAAACAGAAGUGAUGAAUCUAAAGCAAAAACUCGAAUUAGAAACUAACAAAGUCUCCACACUUGAAGAUAGAGUUGGACAGCUCGAUGGAGCCCUUAAAGAAUGCUUAAGACAGUUACGUCAAGCUAAAGAAGAACAACAGGAGCAGAAGAUACACGAGGAUUUCACAACAAAAGCUUUCGAAUGGGAAUUCGUGAGGUCUGAACUGGAGACCCAGAUUCUCGAGCUCCAAACCCAGCUUCAAUCUUAUCGAGAAUCCACAAUCAACCCUGAAUCGAGUGAAAUUACACAUCUCAAGAUUGAACUCCAAGAACAAUACGAAGAACUGGAGAUUCGUACAAUCGAGAGAGAUCUAAAUGCACAAGCUGCCGAAGCUGCUAGCAAGCAAAAUCUCGACAGCAUCAAGAAGGUUUAUAAGCUUGAAGCCGAAAUUCGCAGGCUAAAAGCUACAAUCCGUAAGGGUGCAUUAGGAAACGAUCAAAAAUCCGUCGCUUCCUCCUCUCUCUAUGUCGAGUCUUUCACUGACAGUCAAUCAGACAUCGGGGAGAGGCUGCUGGCAUUAGAAAACGAAAAGCUUGAUGAUUUCGAGGCUACAAGCAAUCACGAUUCAUGGGCAUCUGCUCUCAUCCAAGAGCUUGAUCAGUUUAAGAAUGAGAAAUCUCUAAAUUCAACAGGUGGAAUUAAUCUUAUGGAUGAUUUUCUCGAAAUGGAAAGACUUGCAGCUUUGCCGGAGAAACAAAAUGACAAGGAGAGCAGUUUGAAAACCGAAAUGGAUGCCCUGAUUGAACAAAAUGCUGAAUUGAAAGAAAAGUUAGAGAAGGUAGUUAUGGAGAAAACAGAACUGGAGAUUGCUUUUGCUGAAUGCCGUGAUCAGCUUAAGACAACACUGGAUAAGUCCAUGGAAACAGAGAAGAAGGUUAUGAAGCUUGAAGUUGAGUUAUUAAUGGCAAUUGAAGCAACCAACUCGAUAAAAAACAUAGCAGAGACAAAACUUGCGUCUGCUGAGUCCGAGAUCAAAGACUUAUCUUCCAAAUUGCGUGCUUUGGAAGAAAAGCUUAAGAAGGAGCGUUUGAUAUCGACAGCAGUAGAAGCAAAAUGUCAGAAACUGCAAGACGAAAUAUCGAGGUUGACAAGCGAGGCGGAGGUGAGAAAUGCAGAGACAAAACUUGCGUCUGCUGAGUCCGAGAUCAAAGACUUAUCUUCCAAAUUGCGCGCUUUGGAAGAAAAGCUUAAGAAGGAGCGUUUGAUAUCGACAGCAAUAGAAGCAAAAUGUCAAAAACUGCAAGACGAAAUAUCGAGGUUGACAAGCGAGGCGGAGGUGAGAAAUGCAGAGACAAAACUUGCGUCUGCUGAGUCCGAGAUCAAAGACUUAUCUUCAAAACUGCGUGCUUUGGAAGAAAAGCUUAAGAAGGAGCGUUUGAUAUCGACAGCAGUAGAAGCGAAAUGUCAGAAACUACAAGACGAAAUAUCGAGGUUGGCAAGCGAGACGGAGGUGAGAAAUGCAGAGAAUUUGAAACGAGCAUUGAAAAUAAAACAGGACAAGGAGCUUGAAGUUGCAGUGAUGAAGUUUACAGAUUGCCAAAGAACAAUCGCUUCGCUCGGGCGUCAACUAAAGUCACUCGGGACAUUGGAAGAUUACCUAAUAGAUUCGUCGGAAAAGGUUCCUCCGGCUGCUGCUGCUGCUAUACAAUUAGCAGGAAAAAGGUCUUCCUUAACCGAAAUUGCAUUGUAGUGAUAUUUUUAUUUACCAAUUUGAUAAGAGUAAAAGUUGGAUUUUAUAAACAAAACAAAAAAAAAACAUAUAUAAACAUAGAAAAUGAUAAGAGAAUUUACUGUGCAGUAGAUUUUAUGUUAAAUUGGCAUGAGUAAGUAUAUUAUGAAUAUGAUGAUUUGAAAUGAAAAGGCAUGCUAGAAACACCUUGUGGUGAUGAAUGAUUGAGAGAAAGAAAGGUAUUAUUAUUAAUUAUUAAUUAUCAAAAGCAUGUGACUCUUUCCCUA